CCAUAUCAGACUUGGCACAGCAAGAGGCGCGAGCGUGUGCAGAUUCCAUCCACUUGCAAAAAGUCUCCCUACCGUGUAUGCGACCAACGUGCCCCCCCGUCGUUGCAGCACUGAGGACGUCUUGAUUUUUCGGGGGACAUCGCAGCGCCAUGGCGUACAAUUCACCUCAUCGUGGAAGCUAUGGAGGAUAUGGAAGCCCUGCUCGAGGUGGACAUGGCGGAGGCGGGUACGGAGGCGCUCAGCCGCAGGCCUACUAUGGAGGGGCAGGGGGAGGAGCUGGUCACGGAGCAGGGCGCGGUCCUCGUCGAUCCGGAGGACGCUACUCGGGCGGAGGAGGAGGAGGAGGCGGCGGAGGCAGAUACUCCCAAGGCGGUGGCGGUGGCGGUGGCGGCGGAUCGCAUCCCUCCAAAGCUGAACAAGAAGCGGAUCGUGUAGCGGCAAAGAUCAAAUCCUUGCGCUCGACGCUCUUCAGAUGGGCAGAUCCGCAUCAUGGAGCUGGAACGGACGCCGCGGCAGGUCAAGGCGGUGCAGCAGCAGCAGCGCAGCAGGCAAAGCAAGAGGAAGCCUUUAAUGCGCAGAGCGAGAUGCACUCGUUCGCAAAGUGGAUAGAGGGCCUGUGGAAAGACCGCGAAGAGGUGAAAGCUGCUUGGAGAGUUAUGAUCACGGAACAGCCACACAAACUUCCACUUCACGCAGCGCUGCUCGGAUACAUGUUGCUGGCACCAGCCACUCCCACAAAGUCCAAAGACGCUGCUAACAAGAAAGAAGACGCUGAUGCGACUGUCGCGGCUGCCACAGGUGCGGCAGUCAACGCCCGAGCAAACAAUAGCGCAGAUCCAGAAGAUAGCGCAGAGGCAGAUCUGUAUAGCCUCGGCGAAGGUCAUCAAGAGAAAGGGCAUGACAGCGAACAGACGGCGAAGGAUGAGACGAAUGAAAGCAAAAGAAAGAGGUCUGCAGCCGAGGAGCUGGAAGCGCGAGAAAAGACGUACGAGACCAUGGGUCCCCUUAUCCUUACCGACCUGAUCAAAGCAUUUCAGCUCUGGCUGGACUCUCGCAUGUGGAGGAACGUGAGGCUGAGUCUUCACCUCUUUGCUUGCCUGUUAAAUCUGAGAGUCGUCAGCGCACAGUCGUUCCGGGACCUGUUGGGCUCUUUCGCCUCCGUGCUGGAUGAGCCUGGAGUGUCGGCUGCACGAGGUGAUCGCGCAGCAAUCUGCGUCAUCGAGGCGCUCUGCUGGGCUGGGCAAGAUGCGCUGGCGGGAGAAGCAGGGGAUGGCGCUGUAGAAGCGCUGGCUGAUCGCAUUGGCACGUACGGGCGAUCGAGAAAAGUCGAAGUUGAGCUCAUCUCUCCCUGGCCGAGGUACGCCGCCUCGGCAGAGGAGGAUGCUUCGCUCCGUGAGGAAUCAUUCGAGAGUGCCGUGACGGCCCUGGAGAACUUGCGUGCGGGCGGAUGGCAGCGACCAGCCUUUUUGCCGGUGCCCUCGGAACUCUUACCACCAGCACUGCACGCCGCCGCUGCGUCGCGCGAGGCAGACAUUGAGCUGCCCUUCAUCCUUGUACCGCCAGACGAAGAAGAGGAUGCGGGUGCUGUGACGUUCACCAGCGCUUCCCUUGCCGCAGCUACCAACGGCGCAAGUCAUCUCAAGCAUGCUUCGAAAAGACGAAUGGUAGCGCAACAGAAGCGCGCAGCCGCCACGACAAAGGGAGAAGAGGAAAAGCAACGUGCGGGUGCUGGCCCUCCUCGGCUUUCACGUUCUGCCCGAUGGUUCGCCGAGAGCGUCCCGUCAUCCACAUCUCCUUCCGGCUUGGUGCUGAGAUCGUUGCUUGCGGAUGUCGUCGACCUUUACGAGGUGAAUCGCAAAGAGUGCGCACGAAUCCUCUUUGACUUUGCGCGCUGGUGCAGAGUUGGCACCUUUGUCGGUAAAAGCGUGGAGCCUACAUUGGGUUUGUGUGGAGAUGUAGAAGACGAAUGGCAAAUCGUCGAUGGAGAUGUGCGAGGCGGCUGGUCCUUGGAUGAUACGCUCGUAGAGACUGUCUUGUCGAUAGCGUUGCAGCUGCCAACUCCACCUCAUACGGGCCUCUUCUACAGCUGCUUGCUCCGCGAGAUAGUGACGCUGAGCCCGCAGACCGUGGCGCCGGCCAUUGGCAAAAGUGUGCGCAGGGUGUAUGGCGCGAUGCGUACGGGUCGAGCGGACGGCGAAGUCAUUCGCCGUUUUGGAGAUUGGUUCAGCGUCCACCUGUCCAACUUUGCUUUUCAAUGGGCUUGGAAGGAGUGGAUUCCUGACAUGAGUCUGCCAUCGGCCCACCCUCGCAAAGCAUUUGCUAGGCGGGUGGUGGAGCUGGAAGUCCGAUUGGCGUACUGGGAGCGUGUCAAGGGCACCCUGCCAGCGGAGAUCGCCGAGGGUGUCUUGCCUGCGCAAGAGCCCACGCCAACGUUUACAUACGCAGCGGAAGGUCACCCUCAUCGGGAAGCAGCCCUCGCGCUCAUUCAAUCCUUUAGGGCUCGGGCUACUGCACAAGUGAUCAUGGCGAACAUGGACGCUCUCAAAACGCAAAUCGUACCUGACCAGCAAGACGAUGCGAUGUACGAGGAUGCGGCAGAGGCAGCAAACGAUGGCAAGGUCAGAGAUGAGAGAGAAGCAGAUAUUUUGGUACGGGACAUCAUCUUCCAAGCCAUCCUGAGCGUCGGAAGUCGUUCCUUUUCGCAUUUCCUCAACGUUGUAGAGAGGUAUCACGCCUUGCUGCGGCAGUUGUCAUCCACGCCAGAGCUGCGCAAAGCUAUCCUGGCAAGCGUAGUACGCUUUUGGGCUCGGUCUCCUCAAUGGGUGCAGAUCGUGUUUGACAAGUUGCUGCAAUAUCGCAUCGUCGAACCGACGGACAUUAUCGACUUUGUCUUUCAACCAUCCGGCAUCCGCUUCCCAGACCUGGUGGUCAUGGGCAGCGGCGAUGGCGUCGAAGACUCCUUCUCUCGUGUCGAUUCGGCUGCAAAGAUUCCUCGUGAUUGGAGCAACGCGAGCUGGUGGGACAUUGUCAGAUUGACGGUAGAGAAGGUCAAUGGGCGUGUGGAUCAGGUUCGAAAGCGUCUGGAGGCGCUGGAGAGGGAAGAAGCGGCGGAAGAGGAACAAAAAGCUGCUGCUCAGGUUGCUGGGGACGAAGAGCCGGCCAAAGCUGAUCAAGAGCCUACGCCUGCACCUGAGCCCAAACUGCCGCUCUUUCCGGGUGCCAGUCUUCCACCUCGUCCGCCUGUUGCUGCUUCGCCGGUCAAGACGCCAGCGGUGCCGCCGCCGCUUGCCAAGAAGGCGCAAGGGACGAGCGCCGAGGCCAAGGUGGCGCUCGAAGCUAUCCAGGCGGAACAGAGAAAGGUCAUGGUGGGCACCACGCGAGGCUUUGCGAUGCUCUUGAAGGCGAGUCGAGGAAAUUUGAGCAGCAGCGCUGGACCAAUGCUGGAUGAGCACACGAGCCAAGAAGCCUGGCUUGCUUGGUGGGUCCGCGCUUGGUACCGAGAUUUCGCAAGAUUGUUUGCCAAGCAACUCGCAGCGAACAACGAGACGAUUACGAGCUUGGUCUUGGAUGAGCUUGCGCCCUUGGAGAGCGACGCGGCGAGAGACAUUUUCGACAGGGCGGUCCAGAUGGCAAGCGAGUGAUGGGGGCGCAUCGUCGUGCGCUGGACUGGACGUCGUGUGAUGCUGCAUGUCGAACAGAGAGAUCGAGUAAGGAAUUACAUAUAUUUGGGGGGGGGAAACCGAUGGAUCAAAGUGAUAUCUGUACAAUAGAUUGCAGCGUGGACGGGCGAGCAAAGUGCGAGAGCAGCGCCGCGCUACGCCACGCCACGCCAAGCGCAUUGGCAGGCCAGUUGAAGAGGUCAUUUGGAGUC